GCUAUUACAUAAUGCCUAUCCCAAAGAUAAAAUACUCUUCCUCAAGUGAUGAGCAAACAUCAGCAAAUUCAGCAAGUUCUGAGGUGGACUCUCAUGAAUCCUGGACCCCAAACAAACAUGACAGCAACCCAUACUUACAAUUCGAGUUCACUCCAGGGAAUACAGUUAUUGGUAUACAAAUCAAGGGCAAGGAAGAAAAGAACGAGUGGGUUACAAAAUUCACAAUUUCCUACAGUGUUGAUGGAAUUGUAUGGAUUCCGCUAAACAAGAUAUUUGAUGGCAACUCCGAGGAACACAAGGAAACCAUCAUCUUUUUCGACCAAUCUAUCCCCUCCAAUGCUGCUUAUGUUCGUGUUUAUCCUGUUGAAUAUCAUGGGCACAUCAGCUUAUUUGCUCAACUUCUACAAGACUGUCUGAAUAAGACAACAACUGAAGCACCAACAACGCCCACUCCCACCCCUACAGUGAAAACAACAACAACCACAACACCUUGCUAUUACAUAAUGCCUAUCCCGAAGAUAAAAUACUCUUCCUCAAGUGAUGAGCAAACAUCGGCAAAUUCAGCAAGUUCUGAGGUGGAUUCUCAUGAAUCCUGGACCCCAAACAAACAUGACAGCAACCCAUACUUACAAUUCGAGUUCACUCCAGGGAAUACAGUUAUUGGUAUACAAAUCAAGGGCAAGGAAGAAAAGAACGAGUGGGUUACAAAAUUCACAAUUUCCUACAGUGUUGAUGGAAUUGUAUGGAUUCCGCUAAACAAGAUAUUUGAUGGCAACUCCGAGGAACACAAGGAAACCAUCAUCUUUUUCGACCAAUCUAUCCCCUCCGAUGCUGCUUAUGUUCGUGUUUAUCCUGUUGAAUAUCAUGGGCACAUCAGCUUACUUGCUCAACUUCUACAAGACUGUCUGAAUAAGACAACAACUGAAGCACCAACAACGCCCACUCCCACCCCUACAGUGAAAACAACAACAACCACAACACCUUGCUAUUACAUAAUGCCUAUCCCAAAGAUAAAAUACUCUUCCUCAAGUGAUGAGCAAACAUCAGCAAAUUCAGCAAGUUCUGAGGUGGACUCUCAUGAAUCCUGGACCCCAAACAAACAUGACAGCAACCCAUACUUACAAUUCGAGUUCACUCCAGGGAAUACAGUUAUUGGUAUACAAAUCAAGGGCAAGGAAGAAAAGAACGAGUGGGUUACAAAAUUCACAAUUUCCUACAGUGUUGAUGGAAUUGUAUGGAUUCCGCUAAACAAGAUAUUUGAUGGCAACUCCGAGGAACACAAGGAAACCAUCAUCUUUUUCGACCAAUCUAUCCCCUCCGAUGCUGCUUAUGUUCGUGUUUAUCCUGUUGAAUAUCAUGGGCACAUCAGCUUACUUGCUCAACUUCUACAAGACUGUCUGAAUAAGACAACAACUGAAGCACCAACAACGCCCACUCCUACCCCUACAGUGAAAACAACAACAACCACAACACGUAAGGCCAUAUAA